GGAUACCAUGUGUGUAGGGUUCAGUAGCGCUACUGAAAUCACCUACCGACCGAGAACCCCCCAUUUCAUGCACCAUUUGACAACACCGGGAACCCCCCAUUUCAUGCACCAUUUGACAACAUUAUGUGCACCGUGAUGAUUCUGUUUGUGGACAUGAAUGACACUUGACAGGCUAUACAUCCUCACAACUUACUUUGUACAUAUACUUUCUUGAGUCGGUGACUGGAUGGAAGUCAGUUUGCCAUAAAGUCAAGAAUGGCUUCCUUGCCGUCCACUCCUACGUCAGUUGGCUCCGCUUCCCCCUUCAGGAACGGAGGCUUACAGCGACAGGUGUCAUCUCCCAAUCACAUCAACCACUCCUCACACCCUGCGACUCUCCUGGAACAACUGAACUCGCUACGCAAGGAGGAACAGUUGACGGACAUUUGCCUGCAGAGUGACGAUGGACGCCGAUUCCACUGUCACCGCGUUGUCCUGGCGGCCGCGUGCCCCUACUUCAGUGCCAUGUUUACCAGUCACAUGGGGGAGACCCACACUGAUCAGAUCACCCUCCAUGAAAUAGCUGGAGCUAUCCUGGGCCAGUUCAUCGACUACUGCUACACCGGUUCCUUACUCCUCACGGACGACACAGUAAACGCAGUGGCCGAAGCGGCCAACUUCUUCCAAUUCACGGCCAUAGAGGAGGAAUGCGUGCGAUUUCUGCAGACUCGCUUGAAUGCCAUGAACAGUCUGGAGACCGAGCAGGUCGCCAACCGGCUCUUCAACCGGCAGCUCAGCGCACAGGCUCGCGGCUACUCGGUCGGCAACUUCGCCGACGUUGCCUUCACCCAGGAUUUCUUGGACUUUACCCGGGAGCAGAUUGAGGACUUCAUCUCCAAGGACGUGGGCGUGGACUCGGAGGAGGAGGUGUACGAAGCCGUCAUGCGCUGGGUGUAUCACGACAUCGAGGAGAGAAAGAGCGCCCUCACUUCAAUGUUCGAGAAACUUCUCUUUGAAGUGAUGCCAGAAGCGUACGUGUUGCAGAUUGCAGCUGGUGAACCAUUGGUGCAGGAAUUUGACGACUGCCUGAGGAUUGUCAAGAAGGCACGCUCCUUUCACGGACCUAAGGGCACCUCGAUAUCUCGGAGCAUCGGCAGUACCUCCAGUGAGCUCCAAUCCAGGGCUCAGUCCAUGCGAACCUACUCCGAACUCAUGAUCUUGAUAGGGGAUCUAGAAUUCCGCUACCGCGUGGACGGCUCCGACCAGAAAGCCACCAACAUGCUGACGUACGACCCCAAGCAUCAGAGGUGGGAGGAGUUACCGGAGUCCCCCUUCGGGUGUGGCAGCACGGAAUUCGUGACCACCGCCGCCGUUGUCAACAACGACAUCAUCGUGGUCACAAACCAGCACCGAGCCUGGCUGUACCUUACCGGUCAGCGCAAGUGGUCACUACUGACCAACCAGAUGGAGGGUCGUAACGGCGGUUGUCUGGUGGCGCUGGAUAACGAGGCCUUUAUUCUGGGCGGUCUGAAGCCUGUGGAUACCACUCGCGUGAGAAGCGUGCAGCGUUUCAACCAGAUCACCAAGCAAUGGGUAGACGUGGCGCCUAUGAAUGAAGGGAUUAUCCACACCACUGCAGCAGCUUGCCUGGGCAAGAUCUACGUUCUCGGGGGUACGUCCGGCUCCCGUUACGUCUCCGAGAUGUUCUGCUACAGUCCUCUCUUGGAAAACUGGGUCGGGUGUGAACCACUGCCGUCGCGACUCAUGCGCCCUAAUAUGGUCGCUUUGGCUGGUAGCCUGUAUGUCCUCGGCAACCAGAAUGACUUCACUAUGGCCAUGUACCGGUUUGACGUCAGAAACCAGCUGUGGGCGGCGACAGACGCACCUAUGAUCUCAAGACAUUGUGCAUCGGUUGCAGCCUGCAACAACAAGCUGUUCCUUAUCGGAGGGAAAGUGUGCAGCAGUGAUUACAGCGAAACUGAUGAGUUUACCAUCGAGUGUUUCGACCCAGACAGCGAGAUUUGGAGUAUCCAUGGAGAAGCACAUUGGGUCCUGAAUGGUCACCAGACAAUUACAGUCUUGAACCCAGCCUUCUCUCCAGCACGGUACCUUGGCCCAAAACAACAUUGAAUGACAUUCAGACAGUCUGGAAACCAGACGUCUCCCCAGCAUGGUACCUUGACUCAAAAUGACACUAAAUAACAGUCAGUCUGGAAACCAGACUUCUCUCCAGCAUGGUACCUCGGCCCAUGACAACAUCCGGUAACAAUCAGACAGUCUGGAAGCCAGACUUCUCUCUAGCAUGAUACCUCAGCCCGUUAUGUUGGGUAACUUUCAGACAGUCGGGAAGCCAGACUUUUGUUAAUAAGCAUGAUACCCGGUACCUAGACCCAAAUGAAACUUAAUAACAUUUGGACAGUCUGGGAAACCAGAUUUCUCUCCAGCAUGAUACCUCAGCCUGUGACACUGGGUAACAUUCAGACAGUCGGGAAGCCAGACUUUUGUAAAUUAGCAUGAUACCUACCCCCAAAUAACACUGAAUCACAUUUGGACAGUCUGGAAGCCAGAUUUCUCUCCAGCAUUAUACCUCAGCCCAUGACGUUGGGUAAAAUUCAAAUAGUCGGGAAGCCAGACUUUUCUGUAGCAUGAUACCUAGACCCAAAAUGACGCUGAAUAAUAAUCAGACAGUCUGGAAGCCAGACUGCUCUCCAGCAUGAUACCCCAGCCAAUGACGGUAUUGGGUAACAUUCACAGUUGAGAAGCCAGACUUCUCUUUAACAUGAAUUCGGCCUUCUUUCUUCUUUUUCAACGGGUCUGCACAAUACCAAAAAACAUGUGAUUUGAUCUGCAAUUACUUUUGCAUUGACUUCAGGGCCAUGCAAAGUCUGAGGCAUUAUGUACAUGAAUACGUGUAGUACAUGUAUUUUACAGUGUAUUACGAAAGAUUAUCUGUUUAAAAGUUUAUCUUUGCUUAAAUAAAGCAAACUUAUACAUUUUAACUUACAUUUCUUUUAUAAUAGAGGUGGACAACUUGGUGAAUGAUUGUAUUUGUUGUAUUGAAUUCAUCAGCCAAAUAUUUUGUUACCUUGAGUUUUUACAAUGUAGUAGUCUAGUUCACCACAAGUCCGGUCACUAGUAAAUCACAAGUCCAUGCACAAGUAAGACGGGAUAACCAGGAGCAAAGGAAUGCCUUUGUUGUUGUUUAUUUGAAUAAUUUGUGACUUGGCUUGGUGCUGGGUGACUUGUGAUAGCCUUGUGAUGGACUUGGUUGCAACACUGAUCAUUCAUAUGAUUUACUUUAAAAGCCAUGCUUGUUUUUUGGGGUUGAAAGUCUCUAUUGGGUUCAGGGCUGUCCUGAAUAUACGGAAUAUUCGAUCAUGAAACGAUUAUUCGAAUAGCUUUUUACCGGUUGGAAUAUUCGAGAAAAAAACCCCUGAGUAUGCACGUACACGACUGUGAUGUUAGUUUAAUCGUAAACUUACAGUGCUUUAUCGUCAGACGCCACUGUUUGUCGACGGCGAUUGCAAAUGUUUUUGUCGACGGCGGUUCGUUGUUCAUCCUUUUAGCAGGUUAAAGCCCUGGACGGUUAAAAAAUACUUACUGCAAAACCUCCCAGCAGCCCAUAACAUAGAAUGCCGCGCGCAAAUUUUACCCGGCGCACUUUGCGAAAAUUGCGUAAAACGUGACGGGGGCGGUACGCAGUUGCAGCUUGUGUGUGUAACUUGAUCGGCGAGUUUUGAAUAUUCGAAUAUUCGGUCAAAUGCUGUUUCGAAUAAUCGAAUACUAAAUUAUUUGAAUAUGGACAGCCCUAAUUUGGUUUGAACAUUGAAGGACUUUAAGACACGUUUUUCUUUCUGGAACCAGAUACAAAAGCCACAGCUAAGACUCACCCCCUGAUUUCAGAAAUGGCUCAAUGAACAACAUGUACAUGCGCAUGUAGCUAGUUAAUGCACAUCCUCACAAUUAUUUUGGGCAGACACAGAUAUAUAUAUUUUUUUGCAGAUAUAUUAUACAAUGCCCAUAUUGGUAACCUCAUUGAACAAAUGUAGAUUUGUUUUCCGCGAUGCCAGUUUAUAUAUAUUAUAUUUUUUAAACUUUAAUACUAUGGUAGUAAAUGUUUCAUACAAUGGAGUGUAACAGCCUUGUAUUUUUUUUAAAUGUCAUUUACUUUACAUUGGUAAACAUAAAAUGAUACAAGUAUUAUAUGCCAGUAAACUUUAUUGUAUUAAAGUUGUGAGUAUAAAAUAAUCAUAACAAUAUGCAGGUUCUUCACAUAAAAUUGCUUUUUAUUGCAAACUUUGUAUUUUUUUAUUGCACGCAAAAAGUAUUUGUACAAUGUAUUAUACAUUUUUCUUGUAACUGCUGUAUUAAUUCAGGUAUUUUUAAAAGUUGCUUUGUAAAAUGCUGGUAGUUUGUUAGCGAAAAAUAUGAAUAUGUAUGCAUAUAUAUGUACAUGUACUGUACACCAAAUCACUCAAAAUGUUCCAACAAUGAGAUCUGACUUGGGUCAAGUUUUCAACAGAGUGUGUUGGAGUAUUAAAAAAACCCAUUCUUGAGUGACUCACGAACAGUGUUCUCGGCUUGCCGAUGACGAACGCCCAAGUGCAGCUGGGCGAAAAUUCAAGAUUAAAACGCCGAA